AUGUUGCUCCUUAUUCUUGCUCUACUUAUAUCGAUUCCACUUGUCUCGCCAUCUUAUCACAUUCCGAAACUUGGACGAUAUCACACAUUUCUUCGAAUUGGUAAACGACAUUUUACUGAACCUUGUAUUGAUAGUUCUUUGUGUUCAUCAAAUCAACAAAGAAUUCAAACAAAGUGCGUUAUACUUUUCAAUCGGAAUUUAUGUUGGCCACAAUUAAAUCAAGGAAAAACAAUGAAGGAAGAAGAUUCGAGACAAUAUCGACACAAUAAUCGCAUCUUUCGAGAUAAUACUUGA